UUGUGGUUGUCAUGCGUAUAUGUGGUGGUCAAUACUCCCAUAUCUUUAGUUAUUGUGGUUUCAGUAAAAUAAUACGUGAGUUUUCUGAGAUAGAUUUUAUAAAGCGGCACUUUUUUUGUUGACUGAAGUGGUUUUCAAUGCCUUCCUCUUUGAAAGCUUCUUUUGAAAAUAAUGAUGUAUAACUUGUUUACUUCUUUGACAUCUGUCACUAACUCAAUCUAUCGCUGAUUCUAAUACUUUUCUUUCAUUCUUUCUUUUACUGUUUUGUUAUUUUAAACAUUAUUUUGAAGAGCAAUUAUUGAAUUUGCUUUGACGAAAGAUUUCAAAUGAAAGAUGACUUCGAAGGAUGAUUUUAAUCCUUUUGAGGAUCCAAGCAUUAAACACUUGACAGAUCAGCCAGCAGUGGGUCAAGAUUCCAUAGCAUCUUAUAAUCCAUUUGACAGCGGUACCAAAGUUGGUGGAACUGUCGCAAAGCAGGUUGGAGAUACACCACAGGAAAUAAAUCCUACCCCUCAACCUGUUGCUCCAAAAGAAAUCAAAAUGCAGCAACCUGUCUCAAAUCCACCACCUUAUACGGAAGGCGGAGGACAAAAUGCUUUUGCAAGUGAUUUACAGAAAAGGCAAGAGGAAUUGGAAAGAAAAGCCAACGAGCUCCAAGCUAGAGAAGCACAGUUAGCUAAUUCUUCAGUGACAGGAGUAACUAAAAAUUGGCCACCUCUUCCACAAAAAUGCUGUGUUGGUCCAUGUUUUUAUCAAGAUAUUUCUGUAGAAAUUCCUAAUGCUUAUCAGAGCACUGUGAGAACUAUGUAUUACUUGUGGAUGUUUUAUGCAUUCCUGCUGUUUUUGAACAUGUUGGGUGCAUUGGCAAUGUUAAUUGCGGAUUCAAGUGCUGUUACAACCUUUGGAGUCUCAAUAUUGGUGUUUCUCCUAUUCAGUCCAUUGUCUUUUGUUUGCUGGUUUCGUCCUUUGUAUAAAGCUUUCAGGACUGACAGUUCAUUCAACUUUAUGGUGUUUUUCUUUGUAUUUUUCUUCCAAUUUGUUGUUGCAGUAUUUUAUGCUGUUGGAAUACCAAGUUUUGGAUCAUGUGGCCUAUAUAAUGGAAUUUCAACACUUACCAAACAAGGUGACCACACUGUUGAUGUAUAUGCCGUUGGAAUAAUUGCAAUAUUUAUUGGAUUUUUGUGGGCUAUCGAUGCCAUAAUUUCUUUCUUUAUGCUGUCUAAAAUACAUCGUAUGUAUAGAGGAACUACUGCAAGCUUUGCAAAAGCGCAGGAAGAGCUUGCUACCGGGGUAAUGCGAAAUCCACAUGUUCAAAAUGCAGCAACAACUGCUGUAACUCAAGCUGCUCAGCAGUCAUUUAACACCAGUGCAUCUGGAUUGCGUUAUUAGAGUUAAGCAGUGUAGAUACGGAGCUGGCAACUGUAUGAAGAUUAAUGCAACUGAGCAUGAUCUCACAACCCUUGUGUUUGGGAUUAACUGUUUGCUAACAUUUAUUUAACAAUUACUAGCAUUGUUGGAAAGUAUUAUCUUCAUUUUGCAUGACAUUCCAAUAUAAAGACUGUAAUAUAAAGAAAUGUCUGCAUGACCGUGUAAAAUGUGUUACAUGUAUAUUAAAGGAAA